AGAGGAGGACAGAAGCCUAGAUGCUGAGAAAGAUUUGUGCACUUAGUGGAAUGAGUAGGACGUGGGACUUUGGAUGUCUCCCCUGGUGGGAAUGUAGAUUUUCAGUACAGCAUGGGACAUGGUCAAUAUAGCUUUGUCAAGAGCCUAGGCAGCAGGCUUGGCUUCGCCUCACACCUGCAGUGGGCCAGUUUUCAGUCAGAGGAGAGGCUACAUCUGCUUCCUGUGGGCCCUCUGGUCAGAAGCAUGCAUGGCUGGCUGCUCCUGAUCCGGGCCCAGGGGCUAAUACUGGCUGCCUUCCUCACUUCAGGAGCCGCAGACAGCACAAUUCAGACAAAGGGGAACAUUUCUGCCGAGGAAGGUGGCUCUGCCACCUUACAGUGUCACUUCUUCUCCAGCACAGCCACAGUCACCCAGGUCAACUGGGAGCAGCGGGACCAGAUUCUGGCGGUUUAUAGUACUGACCAGGGAUGGCAUGUCCCUUCGGUCUUCAGUGAGCGGGUGAUCCCAGGCCCCAGCCUAGGCCUCACCUUCCAGUCGCUGACAAUGAAUGACACAGGGGAGUACUUCUGCACCUAUCACACCUAUCCGGAUGGGAUUUACAAGGAGAGAAUAUUCCUGAAGGUCCAAGAAAGCUCAGGGGCUCAGUUCCAGAUGGCAUCACUUGGAGGAGCCAUGGCUGCUGUGUUGGGAAUCAUCUGCUUAAUGAUCACAGGGGUGGCUGUAAGAGCUAGACAGAAGUCUCCCAGAAUCCAUUCUAUGGGAAGUGGCCUUGGGAGAACGGCAGCUGAGCCACAGGAAGCGAGCCUUAUGUGUCUCUCGGCCCCUGGAGGCCCCGUCCAGACAGAAGCUGCCCCUGCUGGUCUCUGUGGAGAGGAAGAUGACUAUGCUGAACCACGUGACUACUUUAAUGUCCUGAGCUACCGAAGCCUAGAGAGCUUCAGCGUCCUAGCAAAGACUGUCUAAGAACAGUUCCUUUCCUCCCUCCCUCCCUCCCUUCCCUUCUCCUGUGUGUGUGUGUGUGUGUGUGUGUGUGUGUGUAUGUCUGUGUUUAGUUAGUGAAUGAAAGGCGACUGCUUUUCAAACUUCAUUUCUUCUACCCUCCUCUUCCAUUUCUCUGUGACAGAUCCAAGGUAAACAGCUUGUAACUUGAUUAUAAAUGGAAGUUUGAAAAUGAA